UAGUCCUCGGCCCUUCUAGCAGGCAAGCAAAGUUUUACUGAGAUGACGUCAAACGCGUCAUUUUACGUCAUUUCAGGAGAAAUUUAGAUCAGGAAAGCUAGGCUAAGGGAAAACUAUAUUACAAUAGCGAUUUUAUAAUGAUAGAACGCCGGUCCUGAAUUGGUGAAGUAUCCCUUUAAUUAUAGGAAUCUGAAUUCUGUUCAAGUCACUUUGGAUAGAUGAUAAUAAAGCUUAUGGGUUACGUUGCAGAUCUUCUCUAUGAACCCUCGCUACAUCCUCUUCAUCCACAUGGUGCUGAACGACAUGCUGCAACUGACCGUCUCCGUGCUGCUCUUCGUCCUCAGCUACGUCUUCUUCUCGAUCAACGCGUGCAUCUGCUGCUCACUGGUGACCCUCGCCGCCCUCACCACCCAGAACACACCCCUUAACCUGGUGUGCAUGGCGACGGAGUGCUUCAUCGCUGUGUUUCUGCCACUGCGCCAUGCUCAGCUCUGCACCGUCAGGAGGACCUACACCCUGAUCGGCCUCAUCUGGUUGGUGAGCUCGGCGGCCAUCAUCCCCGAUGUCCUGAUCGCACUCGCCACCGAGCCCCUAGAGUACUUCCUCUCACGAGUGUUCUGCGUGCGGGAUAACAUCUUCCCCAAACUCAUCGAGAAGGUCCACGUCUACAACAUUGUGUUCCUCGUGCUGGUGUGGCUCAUCCUGUUCUAUGUCUACGUGAAGAUCUUGGUCGCGGCCAAAGGGGCUAACGCCGACGCCAAGAAAGCCAGGGACACCGUCCUGCUGCACGCCUUCCAGCUGCUGCUCUGCAUGCUGACCUACAUCGCUCCUGUGCUGAAGCGUAGUCUGUUCCUCUGGUUCCCCAGACACUACGCCAAUGCACUGUUUGUCUGUUACAUCGUCAUUCAGAUGUUCCCCCGGUUCCUCAGUCCAAUCGUAUACGGCCUGCGAGACAAGACCUUCAGACAGUACCUGAAGAGAAAUAUGAUGCUUAAAAAGAUCAAGACUAAGAUUGUCAAGCCUCUGCACUCCCUUAAAUAGAUCGUUGGUGGUUUGAUUCGUUUCAGUUAAAUAAAAGUGAUGAAAUGAUUGGGGCAGACGUGGUCAUUUCUAGAAAAAGGUCACAGUACUAAAAGGUACCACACUUUGUUUCUUAAAACAUUAGAAAAAUGUAAAAUAGUUUCUGUUUGAGGUUUACUGAAGAAUUAUUGGAA